CUGAUUGGCGGGGACCUCAGCAUCAGCAGCAUCUCCCGGAGAGGGGAGGGCGCCAAGACUGAGUCGCAGCCACAGCCUCCGGGAACCUCAGCUCCCUCCCGGCGAGACCUCGGACUUUCCCAGCGAGCAACCGCGUUCCCGCUCGCCACCGCCUGGACCCCCUCCUUUUACCCGCCUCCCCCCGCCCCCACAAAAAGUGGAGACCCCCGGCAGCCAAGAAAGCCACGUCUGGUCCGGACCGGCUCAGGGAGGCAGGGGCCAGUUCCCCGGGGUCCCGCGGCACCAUCGCGGCCCUCGAAGCGCUGCGGUCUCCGCGCCCCAACCGCCAAGACGCCUCGUAUCUUGUACCGCGGGAAGAGCGGGUCUUCGUCCAAGAUGGGCCGGCAGGGCUUGGGGGGCGCCGGCGCCGCGGGGCGCUCCAUGCAGCGCUCGCAGAGCCGGAGCAGCCUCUCCGCCUCCUUCGAGGCGCUGGCCGGCUACUUCCCCUGCAUGAACCCCCUGGAGGAAGAAGAAACUGGAGGUAAAAAGCUACGGAGCACUGUCCAGAGAAGUACAGAAACAGGCUUGGCCGUGGAAAUGAGGAACUGGAUGACUCGACAAGCAAGCCGAGAAUCUACCGACGGCAGCAUGAACAGCUACAGCUCAGAAGGAAAUCUGAUCUUCCCUGGUGUCCGCUUGGCCUCGGAUAGCCAAUUCAGUGAUUUUCUGGAUGGCCUUGGCCCUGCCCAGCUAGUGGGGCGCCAAACUCUGGCCACACCCGCAAUGGGUGACAUUCAGGUAGGAAUGAUGGACAAAAAGGGACAGCUGGAGGUGGAAAUAAUCCGGGCCCGUGGCCUUGUCGUAAAACCAGGUUCCAAGACACUGCCAGCACCAUAUGUAAAGGUGUAUCUAUUAGAUAAUGGAGUCUGCAUAGCCAAAAAGAAAACAAAAGUGGCAAGAAAAACGCUGGAACCCCUUUACCAGCAACUAUUAUCUUUUGAAGAAAGUCCCCAAGGAAAGGUUUUACAGAUCAUUGUCUGGGGAGACUAUGGCCGCAUGGAUCACAAAUCCUUUAUGGGAGUGGCCCAGAUACUUUUAGAUGAACUGGAGCUAUCCAACAUGGUGAUUGGCUGGUUCAAACUCUUCCCCCCUUCCUCCCUAGUAGAUCCAACCUUGGCUCCUCUGACAAGAAGAGCUUCCCAAUCAUCUCUGGAAAGUUCAACUGGACCUUCUUACUCUCGUUCAUAGCAGCUGUAAAACUGUUGUCAUAGCAACCAGCGUUACAAAAAAAAAAAUCACAGGUCGCAAACCCUGGUAACACUGCAUGCUUAAUGUUGUGUCUUCUGAGCCUGUUCCUGGGGAUACAAAGCGAUCCUGUGUUCAGAGGAAGUGGCACACAUUGUGCCCUAAGGGAGGCCCUCAGGUGAAGGAGCGGCGCUGUGAAGAGCUCUCAGGUUUGGAGUGCAGUAACACUCGAGUUUUGGUCCAAUCUGAAGCCAUGGAUUAAUAUCAAAGAAUCAGUCAGUUUCAUGCAACAAAAGCCCUUUUCAAUGGCACCUUUAUAUUUUUAUUGUUCCUUUUUCUUCAUUUCUCUGACCCCAAAGUCCUGUGAUGCCACAGAAAUGGAGCUAUCCAGCCAUUAAGCCAUGUUAUAAGUGAAGGACUGAAGUCCUGGGAAGCAUCAGGUGAAAAGCGAGAGACCAAAGACGAGGUCUAGGACAGAAUGUCAGCCCUCCCCUGGACGGGACAGGAGCAGCCGGUCCAAAGUGACAACGUGGGCAGUGGCAGACCUCGGAGCUCCAGCAGGCAUGUCAUUCACUAAUGCCAAGAUGUGUUGGACUCUGAAAAACAAAAUUCUGUGGCUCCACUGUACUCAAUGAGAUUAAACUUUUUUUUGCAUGGACAGAUUAGCUGAAUAUUUAAAUUAUUUUCUUGGGGCUGCAACUUGCAAAAAAAAAAAAAAUCAGCCAUUUUCGACAAUUUAUAUUAUUUUUAAAAAAUAAAUUUCACUAGUGCAUGGUUUUAAAAAAGGGAGAGAAUGCAGCAGGGUGAUACAAAGACACACCAUGUUUAUUCUUUAAUCACAGUCUGUGUUUUGGCAGACAUUACAGAAGAAAAUACUUUCUAGAAAAUACUUAAAAUUCUCUUUAUGUGACAAAUAAGUAUAAUGUAUUCAAUUUAUUUCCAUGGUAAAUAUACAAAUCUUACAAAGUUCAACAUGUGCAAAUUAUCACAUCUUUCUUCCUUUCUCUCACUUUUCCUCUUCUCCCUCUUUUAAUCUUUUUAUUUUCUUUCUCCCUACUAGAGUCAACAUUAUGCUAAAAAAAAAAAAAAAAAAUCACAAGUCUUUGACUCUCUUAUACCCCAUGUUCAAUUCAGAGCUGUAGAUGCUUCCGAAUUUCUCAAGGGGGGAAAAAACUAUUUAAGAACUUUCUUUAUUUCAAGCAUGUUGAAAAGGAUUUUGCAACAUGACUUGGGAGUACAUUAAAGUAAGUCAGCAUGUGUUUGAUAAAGAAGAUAUUUGAACUUUUGCAAUUUAUUGUACAGUGCAUGGUAAUUUUAUUUUCACCUUCCAAGUUCAGUUUACAGGAAAAUCCUAAAAUCAUGUGGCCAUUGUAAUGUCUAAUAAAUUUGUUUUUAGCACCAGCAUUAUUCAUACAGGGGUUAAAGUAUUAUUUCUAGAAGGUUUUAAGUUUUGUUUUUAAUUAAUUAAAAGCAAUUUCUUUAGCCAGUUUCCAUUUACUAUGUGAACAGAAGCACUGCUAAAAAUUUGGAGCCCUGAAAUACAGGGCAGUUUAUUAAUUCAUUUUUCUGUAGUAAAACUCAAUUUUUCACAAAUUAUAUUUCUAAAGAAACAUAGCAAACAUAAAUUUGCAACAGAUAAUUUUAAAGCUCCAAUUUUUAGGUAACUCAAAGAAAGUCAAUCUGCCUAUUAACAAUUCUUUGAUGCCAUCACCGAAAGUCUACACACAAAUGCCCUAAAGUCAAACCCCUGCCUUUAGUUUUACAGACAGUUAUUACCAUUGGGUGGUGCUGCAAGGUCAGAUUUCUCUUAAGUUCCCCUAUUUAGAGGAAAAGUCACUGAGGAAUGUAAUGAGCCACCCAUAGUUUCUGUUUCCUUCUGGACACCUUGAUAACAUGUUCUUAUAGUUUGAUUUUAACUUCUGCAACAACUUUUGAAAUCUACAUACAUACCAUUUGUUUAUGUUAAUGCCAUGCACAAAAACUGCUCUUUUGUGUUCCUUUUAAAUUCAGUGCUGACCAUUAAAAACUAUCAUGCUUGAUAUGGUGCAAAAGUUAAAAAUGAGUAUCACUAAAAAUGCCUUCUCUUUAUGUGGUGCAAUAUGAAAUACACCAAGGCUGUGUCUUGACAUUCUGAGACCUGCGAUGGACCCAGGUAAAGUUGCGAAAUAAACGAAUAAAACUAUUGAAAUAAUUUAGACACUUGUGUACCAGCAACAAUUGAUUUAAUAGACCUAUAGCGUCUAUACUGUCCCUUAGAAUAAACGUUUAACAUUUUCCUGAUACUAAAAUGCAGUCACAUAAUCUUUUGUGCAUAUUCCUAUAUAAAUUAUUUCUAAUUUUAAUAAGAAGGACAUGACUGUAUGGAAUAUUUGUACAUACCUGUCAUUAUGCAGUAUUUAUUUUAAAGUUGGUGUUUUUUUGUUUUUUUUUUAAUUUUCACAUGUCUGCACCUCAACUUGUGACCUAGUCAUGUAAAUAGCACUAUGCCAGUGACCAUUGCUGCCCUGUACAUAGUAUGUUUUAAAAGUGAAGGGAAUUCCAGUUGGAAAAAAAUAAAAAGGGCAGAUUAGUCCUGUGAUGAACACCAACUAAUGGAAAACUCAAAUUCAUUCUGGUGAUGGUAUUUAACACUUUAAAUAAAACAUUUUCUUUACAGACGUUGUA